CCGCGUGAACCACACGUCACGUGACCAGCGAACCCACUAUGAGAAAUCCGCCACUCGCUGAAGCGCUCGGACAUAGAGCACAAGCCAACUAUCCCACAGAGUCCCAAUCUAUUGGCAUCACUUUUAAUUUCAAUUGUCCUUACUACUGCAUCAUCAGAAUACCAGACACACAUACUCACACUUCUCCAUGUCUGACCCAAGCUCCAUAAACGGAGGUUCUGCCGUCGCCAUGGUGGGCAAAGAAUGCAUAGCCAUUGCAUGUGAUUUGAGAUUAGGCAACCAGUCCUUGGGUUUGGCCAACAACUUUGAAAAAGUGUUCCAGUUUGGGGACAAAACAUUCUUGGGGUUGACGGGCUUGGCCUCCGAUGUGCUCACUUUGAAAGAGGAUUUCCGAUUGAAGCACAACUUAUACAAAUUGCGUGAAGAGCGCGAGAUCGAGCCCAAAACUUUGGCCAAUUUGGUCAGCUCGUCGUUGUACGAGAAGAGAUUUGGCCCAUACUUUAUUGGCCCCAUUGUGGCCGGCUUGGAGUCCAAAACGAACAAGCCGUUUAUCUGCGGGUUCGACUUAAUCGGCUGUAUUGACUUUGCCAAAGACUUCAUAGUGAGUGGAACCGCCUCAGACCAGUUGUACGGUAUGUGUGAGUCUUUGUACGAGCCCGACUUGGAACCCGAGGAUCUUUUCGAGACCAUCAGCCAGGCCUUGUUGAAUGCUGUUGAUAGAGAUGCAUUGUCUGGAUGGGGCGCUGUGGUUUACGUGGUCACAAAGGACAAGGUCGUCAAGAGAGUGUUGAAGACUCGCCAAGAUUAAGGGUUGCUGUUGGUCAUCACUAUAUACAUUUAAACUUCUACCCCG